AUGGACCUGCUGCCUGCGAGAGACACAGCAAAUAAAAUAGGAGAGAAAGCAAGAAGUGUGAAUGGGAUCUUCCCCCUGCUACUACUACUGGUGCUCACUUUCCUGCUGAUGCUGGGUCUGAGCAGAGGUCUGGAUGAUGACCUAAAUGAAAAGACUUUCGAUGAGGAGCAUAUAGACUACCCCAAGUCUAACCGCUUAUCCAGGUACUGUAACUCCAUGAUGCUGUUGAAAAGAAUCCGGGGUCCCAAUGACACCUGCAAACGGAAGCACACAUUCAUCCAUGAGAAGCUAGACAAUCUUGUUAGCCUCUGCACUAACUUUACUACCCUUACUACAUGCAAGUACCCCUCAAGGAUGGACUGCCACCAGAGCCCAAUGAAGCUCCAGCUGACAGACUGUAGACUCAUUGAAGGAACAAAAUUCCCAGGAUGCAAAUACAAGUCUCUGCCCAAAUUCAACUCUAUCCUCUUCAACUGUGAUGAAUUAGGGCCUGUAUACUUACAUGGAAUUGUGGAGGAUUCUUAG